AUGGAGAUUGCUUCUAAAUAUCAGGAGAUAAUUCGCGAAGUCAUCAAAAAUGUAUCCGCAGAAUUCACAGCGGAACACGUGAACGGGGAAGUUUUGAAACAACUCGAAAAGUCGUGGGAACAUAAAUUGCUUCAGUCUGGCGCUCUUUCCGUGAACUCCGGUCUGAAAACCGCGCCGAUAAUACCUCACAGGGGUGACGCUUGCAGCAAAAGCAUCGACGAGGAUGACAAUAAACUGACAACUGGAACGAGUGAACUUCAAGAAGUUGGACACGCAGCACCCAACCCCAAGGACGAGACGGGCACCAAACGAAAGCGUGAAACUGACAAACCAGCCGUGCCUGAUCUCGGCCAGGACGAAGUGAUAAGCACAGAUAGCGAAGAUGAUAAUCUUGAAACGGAACCUGUUACUUCAAAUUUGGUGCUUAGUCAGUUUGAGAAAGUGGGGAGAACAAAGAAUAAAUGGAAGUGUGCGUUCAGGGAUGGUGUCAUGUUACUAAAUGGGACUGAGUAUGUGUUCGGUAAGGCUACUGCGGAAUUUCUUUGGUGA